GGGUGAGAGGGAAAAAAUGAAGUCAAUUAUACGACACCCCGGCUCUCCGAACCUCCCUCCUCUCCCUUCUGCUACUACUACAGCUGGUGGCUCCUCAUGCGCCGCGGCGCUGCGAAGCCUUCACCGGGCACACCGGCUGCAGUCCGAAGGCAUGUCGGCUGGGGGCUGUGACGGGACGGCGGAGAGGCCAGCAGAUCCCGCUGCAGAGGAUGAAGGGCCAAGCCAAGCAGGCUCCUCGCUGCCAGCUGUCGAGCUGCCAAGGAAACGAAAGGGAGAUGUGGAGGAGAGGUCAGACGCGCAUGUACAAUCUCACAGGCAAAGCCUCGACAUCCAAAUGGACGAUGACCUCAGCAGAUCUGAAGGGGAGGAUCAGCAAGUCAAAAUGAAAUGCUUCAGGGAGCCUCACCGUCAAAUUGAGAAGCGGCGGAGAGACAAAAUGAACAAUCUGAUUGAUGAGCUGGCUGCCAUGAUCCCUGCCUGUCAGCCCAUGGCUCGAAAGCUCGACAAACUCACUGUGCUGCGGAAGGCUGUGCAGCACUUGAAAGCCCUCAAAGCUGGGAUGGGCAGCGCCUUUUCAGAAACCACCUGCAAGCCUUCCAUCCUGCCUCACGAUGACCUCAGACACCUUCUGCUGAGGGCUGCCGAUGGUUUCCUUUUAGUCGUAAGUUGUGACCGGGCGAAAAUCCUGUUCAUCUCCGAAUCCGUCUCCAAGAUCCUCAACUUUAGCCGGUUGGAACUGACUGGGCAGAGCUUGUUUGAUUUCAUCCACCCCAAAGACAUCAACAAAGUGAAGGAACAGCUGUCUUCGUCAGAGAUGUACCCGCGUCAGCGUCUUCUUGAUGCAGCAACUGGGGUUCAGGUCCAGGUGGAUGCUCCUGUCAGAGCGACCCACUUAACCACUGGAGCUCGGCGAUCCUUCUUCUGCCGCAUGAAGCACAGUCGACUGACAGAGAAACAUGAGGACAAACACUCUCUGCCCACAGCUUCAAAAAAGAAAGACGCUUACAGAUUCUGCACACUGCACUGCACCGGGUACAUGCGGAGCUGGCCGAGCAGCCAGCUGGACUCGCUGGAGGCCGACGCUGACAAGGAAAGCUCGACCCUGACGUGCCUGGUGACCAUGUGCCGCCUCUACUCUCACGCGUCCCAUCAGCCUUCCAAAGACAUCAACGUCAAGCCCACCGAGUUCGUCACUCGCUGUGCGAUUGACGGCAAGUUCACUUUUGUAGAUCAACAAGCCACAACCGUCAUUGGUUAUUUGCCGCAGGAAGUUCUCGGCACAUCCUGCUAUGAGUACUUUCACCAAGAUGACCUGCAGCACCUCGCAGGAAAGCACAGGCAAGUGCUUCGAAGCAAAGAGAAGAUUGAGACACAGUGCUACAAGUUUAAAACAAAAUACGGCUCCUACGUUUCCCUCCAAAGUCAGUGGUUUAGUUUCACAAAUCCAUGGACCAAAGAAGUUGAGUUUAUCGUGUCUUUAAAUAGGGUUAUUUCGGGGCCCGGUCACACAAAAGAUGAGGAGGAGGCAGGCAGCUCAAAGGCACUCCAGGACGACAUAAAGCAAAUACCAGUAAUUCCCGGCUUCUCCAGUGGCACCGGCACAAUGAUCUACGCCGGCAGCAUAGGGACCCAAAUCGCAAAUGAGCUCAUCGACUCCUACAGGGUGAACUCAUCUCCAUCGAGCGGAGCUUCGAGUCCGUUUGGCCCAGCCCAGGAGAAAUGUCCACUGGUGUCCCCACAAACCAGCAGGAGUGCAUCCAGCAGAGAGGAGGCAGCAGGCAGUUCAUCACAGUCCCAGUCCCAGUCUGACUCAAGGACGGCAGCAGGGACGAGCAGCUCAACUUCUGAAAGCGCAGGCGAGCCCUCCCAGCUGGACCUGGACAGCAUGGUGGUGCCAGGCCUGAGCAGCUUCAGCAGCGACGAGGCUGCCAUGGCAGUCAUCAUGAGCUUGCUGGAGACGGACGUGAACAUGGGUCAAUCAGGGGAGUUGGAGGAUUUACACUGGCCUUUCUAGAGGGUGCUCAGACUCUCGGCCUCUCUCUCACAUGCUGUUGUGCCGUUUCUUGCCGUUAACUGAGAACUAGGCGGUUCAAUUAAUUCUGAUCUGCCUGAUGCCUGAACUGGCCUUGCACAAUCGAACCUACAGGACUUGUACCAAAAGUCACAACAUGUCAGACUUGAGGACUGCUGAACAGGAAGUGUACAGGAAGUGUUGUGACUGUGAUUAGCUUGCGGGUACUUGGUUUUUGCUUGAAAGAAGGUCUGGUUGAAGAUCCCUUGGAGCCUGCGGUGAUACAGUGUCUUCCUUAGUAACACUUGUGCAUCCUAAAUAGGGGUUGGAGACGAGACCUUCACCAGCAGGGAGAUCUAUUUGCUCUGCUGCCCUUAGUCACCAAGGCCACCAAGGUCUGGAGGAGCAUAGAAGUCCUGUAAUGUGCAGUGCUGCUACAGAAACCUCAAACAUUGACAUUUGUGGAACCUUUGGUACAGUUUUAGGAAUGACUUGUUUUUCAUACAUGGUCUGAUUGUUCAAUUUUUUUUUAUUGUAUGUUAAAGAUUCCCAUCAGACACAUUUUAAGUAAAAGUACAAAAAAAAAAAGAAAAAAAGAAAAAAGAAAAAACUGAUGAGUAAAUUGCUGAAGAAGGUUAAAAGGAAUGUCUACGUUUUAGCUCCUUGAUUAAGAACUGCAGCUAAAUAUGUACAAAUCAGGGCACCUCAGUCCUUGAACAACCACUACUGGUUCAGCUACAUUUCAUUUUGGACAUGCCCAGCACAGCCACACAGUGUGGGGAGAGUUAAAAAUACUGUGUCACGAAUAAAUACUGUUACCCAAAAUUCUGCAGUGAUUCACAAAUGCCAAAUUUUUGUAAGAUCAUAAUUGCAGAAGAAAAAAAGUUAAUUACCUUGUAGUUUCUCUACAAAAAUCUUCUUCUUAGGCACAUUUUGGAUCUAUUGACUUAAUUAGUAUUAUUUAAGUAUUUUGUGAGUUCUUCAUUCUCCAUCGCACUUCACAAACCUGUAGUGGCAGUAAUGGAGUGAAGAAAACAACACAAACUAGAUAGGCUGCUUUAUUUCAGCAGACACUGCUGGGGGACAUGCAGAUCAUGGGCUUUAUUUGAUAACAGACUAUCAGAAUUGCGAGAUUGCCAAAGACACCCAACGCUUUGAAUCACACGUACUGUAUUAUUUAAAAGAAAUUGUGUUCAUUCCUAAUCAUUUGUGUACACAAAUUAUCCAGAAGUGUGUCUGAUUUUAGCCUAGCACUUUUAUCACCUAAUCAGACCACAUGAGCAAAGAUGCUACGUUUAUGCUUAGAGACAAUUGCUUAUCAAAGAAUUAUACCAAUAAUGUGGUUAAAAGUUUUCACAUUAUUAUCUAGCACAACCAACACACAGAUUCCAACUUUGACAAUUAGCUAGCGAUGGGGCUACUAACAAGGAGCGCUAAUGCUACGAGGACCUACGAAGGGAAUGUGUUUCAAGGAGAGCGCUUUACUUCAGGACUGUUUUUACUAAAAUAAAUACUUGAAUAUUGAAUACUGUUUACAGUUCUGAUUGCUGGAUGAAUGGUAGGAAUGGUAGACUCUGUAGUCUUUUUAAAUUUGUUACAUAUGUACCAAAUGUCUGACCACCAUUUAACUGGAAGAAGCUAAACCCUGUAAUAAAUCAGCUUCACAUUUAACAGUUUAACCAAACAAAACAAAUUUGUAUGGAAAGAAUAUCAUGUGCAAGUGUGAUUUUACAAAUCACAGUCAUGUAUUUACAGUUUAGAUGAAUGUGAUUAUGGCCUCCUUGUAAAAAUCCAUAGAUUAAGUAAAAGAGAACACAAAGAAAACAAAAUGAAAGGGUGUUUAUAUUGAGUAUGUAACAAAAAGCUGGUAAAAUAUAUGUUUCUAUUAUGAAUUUACACUAAAGGAUGAGGUUGAAGUCAGCCUGUAGUGUUUGCCCGGUAACAGAGACGUUCUAAUAUGAUGCUAACGUGAUCUCUUGUACAAUGAACUCCUUUGAAGGACUCUGAGGACAGAUUUCCUUUGUUUUGGCCCCAGAAUAGAAAUUAGCUGUGAUAUUUGUGUAAUACAGCCACUCGUGAAUAAUCUCAACAUUGUAGGUAGCUCAGAUAUACUGUCAUUAGCUGUCAGAGGUCAGAAUGCAAGCGGACGUUUAGAUUUGAGCAAAAGCUGUAGCCACAAUCGUUACCGAGCUCACUCUGAGGUUAUAAGAGUGAAAGUAAAGCUGAAUUUUAGUUUAAUUCGCAGUGACUGGCCUCAGUAUAGCUCAUGUAGAGUCUGGUUAUACCACUGGUUCCUCAAAUCUUGAAAGCAUAAUGUGACUCUGUUUUCUUGAAUGCAUGUCGCAUCUGACGGGGUUCAGUUGGAAGUCACAAGUAAGACGCCCUUUUUGGCUUUACAAGGAAAACUCACCACAUACUUUUGCCAUCUGUGCCAUGUGAAAUGGAGACUGAAGCAUGGUGAACAUGCCCUGCUAUCAAAGACAAAGUGUCUGAUGUUUGUAUGUGAUAACUGUUGUCAUUGUAUCUGCUGUAACAGAAAUGAGGGGAAGACUUUGUCAGUAAAAUAGCAUUUUUAAGUAA